UAUUGAGUUGGAUUUACUUAAAUAUUUUAAAUAUUAAUCCCUUAUUAAAUAUAUGAUUUGCAGAUAUUUCUUUUUAUGUUUCCUAUUUACAAUUUUUCUGGACUUCUCUUGCUGCUCACUUAUAUAGAGUUGGGAUGAGUUAUGUCACCUGAAGCAGUUAAGAUAAGACUAUUUCUACUGCUAUCCAUGUGACAGGCUUACUUUGUUACAUAAUCCAGUGAAAAACAGGAUAUAUGAAAAAGGGUGUGAAAGAAAAAUAGAUGUGAUGCCAUGGAGCAUUCUAGGGAGUUAGAACUCUCUCUUUUUUAGAGAGAGUUUUGAUAAACAUUUUAUAUAUUUUUAAAACUCAUGUUCUUAAUCUGCAGAGUUGGAUAUAAGACUGAGUGUCUGUCUUAAAGCUAAUAGUAUAAAAAGAGAAGUAUAAAAUUUAAGUCAUCAUACAACUUUCUUUCCCUAACCUAACUUUAUGAAUUAAUUGUUUGCAAUUUCUGGAGCUAAUGAGCUGAAUGUUUAAAAUUUAGCAUGUAGGUUAAAAAAUUGAAAUUUUCCUAAUACAUUUAUAUCUCUUUCUAAGGUAUAACUAUUUCUUUCUUUGAUUAUAGUACAAGGAGCAUGUAUGGUUCUUAAGAGGCCUUGAUUUUGCUGCCAGCUAGUUAUGUGACUUUGGGCAAAUAAUGUCAUAUGGCUGGACCUGUUUUUUCAUUUGUAAAAUUGUAGAUGGUGAUAAAUCCUAAGACUGUUUUUUAAAAUUUUUUUGUAGAGAGUGGGUCUAGCUUUGUUGCCAAGGCUCAUCUGAACUGAUUUCAAGCAGUCUUCCCCACCUUGACCUCACAAAAUGUUGGGGUUACGGGCGUGAGCCACCAUGCCUGGGCGAAUUCUAAGACUCUUAUAAUGGAUGAGUAGAAUAUAUUUAAGAUUCUAUAAACACACAAGUCAUUUGUUGUUCAUCAUCUGCUGGAAUGUGAAACCAUCUUUCUUGUGUAGGUGUGUUAUCAGUAAUGUUAUUCACACCAAGGGGAUCAUUCUGUGCUUUUUAAUUCGUGAUUUUAUAAUCUGAUAGUGACUUUUCAUUAUGACUCUUGUAUUUCAAAUUAAAUUACUGCCAUUAUGAUGGGAAUUAUUGGGAAGAGUUGAAAUGAACAUAUUUAGAAUUGCUUCUGUAAUACUGCAAACCCGAUACUUUGUGGGGGAGGUGGAGGAGAUAUCUCUAUGUUCUGUAAUUUCAUUUGACUAAGGAAUUUAUCUUUGAUCUUCUUCCAGAGUGAGGACAUGAAUACUUACAGCUAUAUUCCAUAUUUAAUCACAGUUUGCUUAGUGGGUUUCAUUAGGCUAAAUAAGAAAAAUGUAGUUGUGUAUUUUCUGCUUUAAAAAUGCUUCUUGAUACAAAGUCUUCUCAGAUCAGUCUCACAUGUGAUAAACCUAUUCAAACUAUUAAACUGCUCCAAUGUGCUUGUUUCUCUCUUGGAAAUCUAUCCAUUUAUGUGUCUUUAUGUACCACUCAUUCUCCCCCAUCAUGUUUUAUGUUAUAAGCUCCUUGAAAAAGAAGCAUAACCUUUCCAUUGUAUCUCAUAGCACCCAGGAAAGAACUUCGUUAGUCUCUGAAUAGUUGAUAAGUGUUAUUCCUAUUGAGGAUUUUGGAUUUAAAUUAUUGGAGUGAAUAGAAUAAUGCUGUUUCUAGUAUAUCUAACUGAGGGUCAGUGUUAUUAACUCAAAGGCAUGGCAGUUUUAUUAAGCUCUAGGCUUUGUUUCUGAAGGCAAUUUCUCUUAAUUCAAUCAUAAGCAGAUUGUUCACUUUAUAUUCUCUUAUAUAAUGGCUUGGUGUCAAGUUAUUGGUAGGUAAACAUCAGGAUAUAUGUUGGAUAGAUGUACAUGCAUGUGUACACAUGCACAUGUGUGUGACACAGAGAGAAGGAUUACACGUAGAAUAUAUGAUAAUUUGAGGUAUGUGUAAUGUUUAUAACUCAACUGAGUCCUAUAGAGCUAUCUAGUUAUAUGCACUUAAUUUUGGAUCUUUUUAUAGCUGAAAUUCAGAACCAAUUUUUAAGGAAGAUAAAGACAUGUUUUUCUUUCCUUUCAUGUUUUCAGUUUAGCUUUGAUUUUAUUUUUGCUAAAGACUUAAAUUAUCAACAGUAACUAUUGAAAUGGGCCAACUUAUAGCUGAGCACAAAUUAUGUUAGGGCACUGAGAUAUAUCUUAACAACAUUUGGGAACAAUUUAAUGUGUCUAAUAUUUGAGAAGGGUCAAAACAGACUGUACUACCCAAUCAUCAUAAAGCCUGUGGUCAAAAAUCAUAUAUAAUUGGCAGACUCUAUGAAGAGUAGCUCUAAGAAUCAAGAGAGAAAGAGCCUAAGUUGGUACAGAAAAGGAGCUGAGUCAUUUUUGCCCUAUAAUUAGAAGUUGGUAACCGUAAAUUUUGUCUUCCCAAUACAAGAAGUAUCGUGAUCAGGCAGGAUUACUCUAAAAUGUAACCUCUGACUUCUUGUGGUAUGUUACAAGCAGUUGAUGAUUUAAUAAACAGGUAAUACUGUCAGAGUGUCUCCAGACAUUACAGUUAGCUUUUAGGUGAAGGCAGUGCUUGACAGAACUUACGUUUGUGACUCCAUAAUUUAUUAUGUCAUCUAUUACCAUCCUUGUCAUGUAUUAAUUUGGGUUUUAGGAUAAUUGGGGUAACUUUUUGGUGAGGGAUUGAAAUUUUCUUAAAAGCGUUUUCAGAAGGUACCAGAAUGCUAUGGGAUUUUGUUAUUAUAGCAUGUCUUCUCAAAUAUAAUAUUAGGACUGCUUGAACAGGAGGUAAAUCAUAUUCUUUUUAUUUUUCCAGUUUAGAGUUAUUGCUCAUUAUCAUUUGGUGGGUGUGGGAACAAGUUAAUAAAGUUUGGGUAAUUUAGUUUUCAGUUUAAAUUCUCAACUGGCAAUUGGCCGAAAACUCCCAUCUGAAGACAUGAUCAUCCAAAUGUCAUUUUGUGAUUUGGCUACUGUCUACUUGACAUAGGAAAGCACUAUCAAGAAAGACUAAUGGAGUGACUAUCAAAAGGAAGUCAAUGGACAAUCUUAAACUUCCACCACAAGAGGAUUGUAAAGAGGUUCCUCCUGCACCAAGAAAGAUCUGCAGAUCUUUUUCAGUGUUCUUGGAGGUGUGGGGUGUGAGAACUUGAUCAGUUUGUGUCAGCCACCUUGUUCUCUAAAGUUACAAAUUAUAAUACUGUGGUAGAAACAAAUUCAGAUUCAGAUGAUGAAGACAAACUCCAUAUUGUGGAAGAAGAAAGUGUUACAGAUGCAGCUGAUUGUGAAGGUGUACCAGAGGAUGACCUGCCAACAGACCAGACAGUGUUACCAGGGAGGAGCAGUGAAAGAGAAGGGAAUGCUAAGAACUGCUGGGAGGAUGACACAGGAAAGGAAGGGCAAGAAAUCCUGGGGCCUGAAGCUCAGGCAGAUGAAGCAGGAUGUACAGUAAAAGAUGAUGAAUGCGAGUCAGAUGGAGAAAAUGAGCAAAACCAUGAUCCUAAUGUUGAAGAGUUUCUACAACAACAAGACACCGCUGUCAUUUUUCCUGAGGCACCUGAAGAGGACCAGAGGCAGGGCACACCAGAAGCCAGUGGUCAUGAUGAAAAUGGAACACCAGAUGCAUUUUCACAAUUACUCACCUGUCCAUAUUGUGAUAGAGGCUAUAAACGCUUUACCUCUCUGAAAGAACAUAUUAAAUAUCGUCAUGAAAAGAACGAAGAUAACUUUAGUUGUUCCCUGUGCAGUUACACCUUUGCAUACAGAACCCAACUUGAACGUCACAUGACAUCACAUAAAUCAGGAAGAGAUCAAAGACAUGUGACGCAGUCUGGGUGUAAUCGUAAAUUCAAGUGCACUGAGUGUGGAAAAGCUUUCAAAUACAAACACCACCUAAAAGAGCACUUAAGAAUUCACAGUGGAGAGAAGCCAUAUGAAUGCCCAAACUGCAAGAAACGCUUUUCCCAUUCUGGUUCCUAUAGCUCACACAUAAGUAGUAAGAAAUGUAUCAGCUUGAUACCUGUGAAUGGGCGACCAAGAACAGGACUCAAGACAUCUCAGUGUUCCUCACCGUCUCUGUCAGCCUCACCAGGCAGUCCCACACGACCACAGAUACGGCAAAAGAUAGAGAAUAAACCCCUUCAAGAACAACUUUCUGUUAACCAAAUUAAAACUGAACCUGUGGAUUAUGAAUUCAAACCCAUAGUGGUUGCUUCAGGAAUCAACUGUUCAACCCCUUUACAAAAUGGGGUUUUCAGUGGUGGUGGCCCAUUACAGGCAACCAGUUCUCCUCAGGGCGUGGUACAGGCUGUUGUUCUGCCAACAGUUGGUUUGGUGUCUCCCAUAAGUAUCAACUUAAGUGAUAUUCAGAAUGUACUUAAAGUGGCAGUAGAUGGUAAUGUAAUAAGACAAGUGUUGGAGAAUAAUCAAGCCAAUCUUGCAUCCAAAGAACAAGAAACAAUCAAUGCUUCACCCAUACAACAAGGUGGCCAUUCUGUUAUUUCAGCCAUCAGUCUUCCUUUGGUUGAUCAAGAUGGAACAACCAAAAUUAUCAUCAACUAUAGUCUUGAGCAGCCUAGCCAACUUCAAGUUGUUCCUCAAAAUUUAAAAAAAGAAAAUCCAGUCCCUACAAACAGUUGCAAAAGUGAAAAGUUACCAGAAGAUCUUACCGUUAAGUCUGAGAAGGACAAAAGCUUUGAAGCAGGGGUGAAUGAUAGCACUUGCCUUCUGUGUGAUGACUGUCCAGGAGAUAUUAAUGCACUUCCAGAAUUAAAGCACUAUGACCUAAAGCAGCCUACUCAGCCUCCUCCACUCCCUGCAGCAGAAGCUGAGAAGCCUGAGGCCUCUGUUUCAUCGGGUACUGGAGAUGGCAAUUUGUCUCCCAGUCAGCCACCUUUAAAGAACCUCUUGUCUCUCCUAAAAGCAUAUUAUGCUUUGAAUGCACAACCAAGUGCAGAAGAGCUGUCAAAAAUUGCUGAUUCAGUAAACCUACCACUGGAUGUAGUAAAAAAGUGGUUUGAAAAGAUGCAGGCUGGACAGAUUUCAGUGCAGUCUUCUGAACCAUCUUCUCCUGAACCAGGCAAAGUAAAUAUACCUGCCAAGAACAAUGAUCAGCCUCAAUCUGCAAAUGCAAAUGAACCCCAGGACAGCACAGUAAAUCUACAAAGUCCUUUAAAGAUGACUAACUCCCCAGUUUUACCAGUGGGAUCAACCAUCAAUGGUUCCAGAAGUAGUAUACCAUCCCCAUCACCUCUAAACCUUUCCUCAUCCAGAAAUACACAGGGUUACUUGUACACAGCUGAGGGUGCACAAGAAGAGCCACAAGUAGAACCUCUUGAUCUUUCACUACCAAAGCAACAGGGAGAAUUAUUAGAAAGGUCAACUAUCACUAGUGUUUACCAGAACAGUGUUUAUUCUGUCCAGGAAGAACCCUUGAACUUGUCUUGCGCAAAAAAGGAGCCACAAAAGGACAGUUGUGUUACAGACUCAGAACCAGUUGUAAAUGUAAUCCCACCAAGUGCCAAUCCCAUAAAUAUCGCUAUACCUGCAGUCACUACCCAGUUACCCACAAUCGUGGCCAUUGCUGACCAGAACAGUGUUCCAUGCUUACGAGCACUAGCUGCCAAUAAGCAAACGAUUCUGAUUCCCCAGGUGGCUUACACAUACUCAACUACGGUCAGCCCUGCAGUCCAAGAUGCACCCUUGAAAGUGAUCCAGCCAAAUGGAAAUCAGGAUGAAAGACAAGAUACUAGCUCAGAAGGAGUAUCAAACGUAGAGGAUCAGAAUGACUCUGAUUCUACACCACCCAAAAAGAAAAUGCGGAAGACAGAAAAUGGAAUGUAUGCUUGUGAUUUGUGUGAUAAGAUAUUCCAAAAGAGUAGUUCAUUAUUGAGACAUAAAUAUGAACACACAGGUAAAAGACCUCAUGAGUGUGGAAUCUGUAAAAAGGCAUUUAAACACAAACAUCAUUUGAUUGAACACAUGCGAUUACAUUCUGGAGAAAAGCCCUAUCAAUGUGACAAAUGUGGAAAGCGCUUCUCACACUCUGGGUCUUAUUCUCAACACAUGAAUCAUCGCUAUUCCUACUGCAAGAGAGAAGCAGAAGAACGUGACAGCACAGAGCAGGAAGAGGCAGGGCCUGAAAUCCUCUCGAAUGAGCAUGUGAGUGCCAGGGCGUCUCCCUCGCAGGGCGACUCAGACGAGAGAGAGAGUUUGACAAGGGAAGAGGAUGAAGACAGUGAAAAAGAAGAGGAGGAGGAGGAGGAGGAUAAAGAGAUGGAAGAAUUGCAGGAAGAAAAAGAAUGUGAAAAACCACAAGGGGAUGAGGAAGAGGAGGAAGAAGAGGAGGAAGAAGUGGAAGAAGAAGAAGUAGAAGAGGCAGAGAAUGAGGGAGAAGAAGCAAAAACUGAAGGUCUGAUGAAGGAUGACAGGGCUGAAAGUCAAGCAAGCAGCUUAGGACAAAAAGUAAGCGAGAGUAGUGAGCAAGUGUCUGAAGAAAAGACAAAUGAAGCCUAAUCGUUUUUCUAGGAGGAAAAUAAAUUCUAAUUGGUAAUGAAGUUUGUUCUAUAUUAUCCUUGCUUUUAAUGGAAACACAGUAACCUGUAUGCUGUGAUUCCUGUUCACUACUGUGUAAAGUAAAAACUUAAAAAAAUACAAAAUACAAAAAAAAAACACACACACAAAAAAGAAAUCCGGGUGUGCCUGAACCUCAGACCUAGUAAUUUUUCAUGCAGUUUUCAAAGUUAGGAACAAGUUUGUAACAUGAAGCAGAUUAGAAAACCUUAAUGACUCAGAGAGCAAUGAUAUAAGAGGUUAAAGGAAGCUGAUUAAUUAGAUAUGCAUCUGGCAUUGUUUUAUUUUAUCAGUAUUAAUUAUCACUCAUAUGUUGGUUUAUUCUUAAGCUGUACAAUUGGGAGAAAUUUUAUAAUUUUUUAUUGGUAAACAUAUGCUAAAUCCGCUUCAGUAUUUUAUUAUGUUUUUUAAAAUGUGAGAACUUCUGCACUACAAAAUUCCCUUCACAAAGAAGUAUAAUGUAGUUCCAACCCGUGCUAACUACCUUUUAUAAAUUCAAUCUAGAAGGUAGUAAUUUCUAAUAUUUAGAUGUCUUAGUAGAGCGUAUUAUCAUUUAAAGUGUAUUGUUAGCCUUAAGAAAGCAGCUGAUAGAAGAACUGAAGUUUCUUACUCGUGGUUUAAAGUGGAGUUCAAAAGAUUGCCAUUGAGUUCUGAUUGCAGGGACUAACAAUGUUAAUCUGGUAAGGACAGCAAAAUCAUCAGAAUCAGUGUUUGUGAUUGUAUUUGAGUAUGUGGUAACAAAUAUGAAGGAUAUGACAUGAAGCUUUGUAUCUCCUUUGGCCUUAAGCAAGACCUGUAUGCUGUAAGUGCCAUUUCUCAGUAUUUUCAAGGCUCUAACCUGCCUUCAUCCAAUGUGUGGCCUACAAUAACUAGCAUUUGUUGAUUUGUUUGUUGUGUCAAAAUUCCCAAAUAAAACUUAAAACCACUGACUCUGUCAGAGAAACUGAAACACUGGGACAUUUCAUCUUUCAGUUCCUCAGUAUUGAUUUUACAUUAAUUGACUUUCAGAAUUUCUCUACAGAAAUGAAAGGGAAAUUUUCUAAUCUGCUUUUUCCAUGUACUUGCAUGUCAAACAUGGACAUGCCAUUGUUAUUUGGCUCAUAACUGUUUCCAAAUGUUAGUUAUUAUGGACCCAAUUUAUUAACAACAUUAGCUGAUUUUUACCUAUCAGUAUUAUUUUAUUUCUUUUAGUUUAUAGAUCUGUGCAACAUUUUUGUACUGUAUGUCUUCAAACCUGGCAGUAUUAAUAUCCUUCUUACUGACAUAUGUACUUUUAGUUUUAGAAAACUUUUAUAUUUAUGUGUCUUAUUUUUAUAUUUCUUUAUUUAUUACACAGUGUAGUGUAUAAUACUGUAGUUUGUAUUAAUACAAUAAUAUAUUUUAGUAUGAAAAUUUGGAAAGUUGAUAAGAUUUAAAGUAGAGAUGCAAUUGGUUCUCCUGCAUUGAGAUUUGAUUUAACAGUGUUAUGUUAACAUUUAUACUUGCCUUGGACUGUAGAACAGAACUGAAAUGGGAAUGUAUUAGUUUUACAACUACAAUCAAGUCAUUUUACCUUUACCCAGUUUUUAAUAUAAAACUUAAAUUUUGAAAUUCACUGUGUGACUAAUAGCAUGAUACUCUGCAGUUUUAUUAAGAGAUUAGCCUAACCAUAAAACUCUCAUUUCCUUAGUAAGCCAAAUUAGGGUUACCUUCUAUAAACAGUGUUGGGAACAAUGUUUAACAUUUUGUGCCAAUUUGUUCCUGUAUUCAUGUAUGUAAGUUACAGAUCUGACUCUUCAUUUUUAAGUUCCUUGUUACACCAUGGUCAUUUUCUAGUUUUUUACCAGACUCCCCCAUCUCACAAUAAAAUGCAUCAACAAGCCUGAA